UCAGCAGCAGAUUUAAAGGACUUUGUGUUUGUUUGAGCUUUUUACAGGAGGAUGAAGACGUUGCUGGUGAUCCUGCUCCUCAUAAAUGUUUCCCAGCAUGCCUCAGCUGUGGAGCUGUAUGAGGGGGACUCGUUCAUCCUGCCCUGUCAGUAUAACACUUUCGCUCUGACUGACCCCACAGUGGUGUGGAGUCGCUCCGACCUCAGUCCUCCAACCGUCCACCAGCGUCAGCUUCAAGGAGACGAACUGAAAGAUCAAAACCAGCGUUACAGCGGCCGAACAUCCAUGAAGACUGACGCUCUGGAAACUGGAGAGCUCAGCCUGAACCUGACCAACCUCCAACUGUCUGACAGCGCCACCUACACCUGCUCCGUCACAGACCUUAGAUAUGGCUACAUGAAACUGGGCGAUGUACAGGUGCAGGUCAAAGAACGGUUCCCAUCUUGGGCCAAAGCUCUCCUGGUUCUCCUGAUUCUUCUUGUGGUUUCUGGAGGUCUUUUAUUUCAUUUCUGUCACUAUUUCAUGUCAGUCCCCUGGGUGGAGGUGGAUUCAGGGGUGGAGUCUGUCCAGCUGAUCUGCGAAACCACAGUUUGUCUGCCUAAAGAUGCUAAAGUGGAGUGGAAGGAUGCAAACAACAGGAAGGUCCACGUGUAUGAGAACGGCUCUGACCGACCUGAAGAACAGGACGAUAAAUACAACGGUCUAACGAAGAUGAAGAGAAACUUACUGGAACCUGGAGACAUCAGUCUGACCCUGAAAUACCCCACAGACGGAGACAACUCCACCUACACCUGCACCGUCUACAGCAGGGAGGGAAACAUCCUGAUGAAGAAACAAGUGGAGCUGAAAGUCAGAGUGUGUCAGGUGGAGGAAGGGGCGGAGUCUGUGCUUUGUCCUCGCCUGAAUGGUCACGGUGCUGUUACGCGAUACUACAGCUCCGACUCAAAGGAUGACCUGCACGUUAGAUACCUGGACGGAGAAGACAGCGGUAUUGUCGUCGUUGGAAUAAAUCGACCAAAAGCUAAAAAUGCCAUAAACAAAAAUCUUGUGAAAAUGAUGUUUGAAGCUGUGGAGGACAUCAAGAAGAAUAAAAAAGUGCGCAGUGUAAUUUUAUGUAGUUUGGUUCCUGGUAUAUUUUGUGCAGGUGCAGAUCUGAAGGAGAGGGCCAAGAUGCACCAGAGCGAAGUGGGACCAUUUGUAUCCAAAGCACGAGCCCUUAUUACAGAGCUAGGAAACCUGCCAGUACCAACAAUUGCUGCAAUUGAUGGUGCUGCCUUAGGAGGAGGCUUGGAAAUGGCCCUUGCUUGUGACAUCAGAAUUUCCUCCAAUACUGCCAAAAUGGGACUAGUUGAGACUAAACUUGCAAUUAUUCCUGGAGCAGGUGGUACACAACGUCUCCCUAGGGUGAUUGGCGUCUCUCUUGCCAAGGAGCUCAUCUUUGCUGCACGAGUGGUUGAUGGAACACAGGCGCAACAAAUGGGUCUUGUCAGUCAUUCUGUGGAGCAGAAUAACAGUGGAGAUGCUGCCUACUUGAGGGCUCUGGAGCUUGCACGGGAGAUUAACCCCCAGGGCCCAAUUGCAAUAAGGAUGGCAAAGUUGGCAAUUAACCAGGGGAUAGAGGUGGAUUUAUCUACAGGUCUGGCAAUAGAAGAGGCUUGUUAUUCCCAGGUGAUACCAACCAAAGACCGUUUGGAAGGCUUGUCUGCUUUCAAGGAGAAGAGGCAGCCUCAGUACAAAGGGGAAUGAAGUCAUC